AUGUCUUCAUAUAUCAAAACAACAUAUGAAUAUUCCAAAUUGCGAAAGAAUUACGGCAGGCAGCCGCUAUUUCAAGCAGUGCCGGCUCAAAUGCUGGAUUCUAUUAAUCCGUCAAAUGAACACCAAAAUGAAUACAUACUUCGAAAUCCUGUCCAUCGUGCAGUACAAGCCGUUCUCCCCAUUUCAGAAAAUGAGAUGAACACGCCACUCUUGGAAACCCGUGAACAGGGUAUAAACCAUCUUGAAGGCGGUUGGCCAAAGGAAGUGCAGCCAUCAAAUGAAGAGCAUACACUACGACAUCGUCGAAGAGUUAUGCGCGAUGAAAGCUACUGUGAAACAAUUUUACGUUUAGCACCAUCGAUGAUGCACUAUAUAGAUCAAAAUAAUGCUAUAGAAAUGUAUCAGAUAUACUUUGACAACAUGCAACAUCUAAAAAGUAAAGAAACUUACAGUAUUCGGGUUGCUAAUGUGUUUCGCGAUAUACAUCAAAGGCCUAUUUCAUGCGUUAAAUUUACUAAUGAAAACAGCCCUAAGCUAGCAGUAGCUUACUGCUAUAAAACAAGUAUACCAAAUCCCGCACUAAAUAAAGUAAACUCAUGUUAUAUCUGGGAUAUACAUAAACAGACGGAGCCUGUAUUUACCAUAUAUCCCGAAUAUCCUUGUUGGCAAUUAGCGUGCUCCCCCAUAAAACCUGACUUGUUAUUACUCGGUCUUGAAAAUGGUAUUGUUAAUUUAUUUGAUAUUCGACAAAGUAACCGUGCUAUAUCUGCUAGUUAUACUCACAAUUCCCAUCGCGAGUCAAUCACAUCGUUACGUUUUAUACAUUCUCGAACUCACACAGAUUUUUUCAGUGGGUCAUCUGAUGGUCAGUGUCUAUGGUGGGAUUUAAGAAAGCUUUCAGCACCUUUAGAUCAAUUACCGAUAUCAAUCAAAAUUCCACCAAACGAAGAACCAAAUCUGAGCAAUGCUGAGGGUAUUAGUUUUUUAGAAUACGACGACGGUUUGCCAACAAAGUUUCUUUGUGGAACGGAAUCGGGUUUAGUUAUCAAUGUUAAUCGUUUAGGUAGAUCUCACUCGGAAAAGUUAAUUUCAUAUUGGCAAGCUCACAAUGGCCCAGUUCAAGCUGUUCAAAGAAGCGCUUGUACUUUUAGGAUGUUUCUUACAUGUGGAGAUUAUACAGUACGGAUAUGGAGUGAGGAAAUUCGAACUGCCCCUAUUAUUGUGACCAAUCCUUAUAGGUAUUUGGUGACCGAUGCAUGCUGGGCUCCAAUGAGAUAUUCAAGUUACAUGUCAAUAUGUGCGGGAGGAUUCUUUUACUUUUGGGAUAUGCUUCGCAAGUACAAGGAACCAGUAAAUCAAUUAAAAUUAUCCGAUCAUGUUCUUACAAAAAUGGCUCCUCAAAACGAAGGAAAGUUAGUAGCCGCUGGAGAUAGCCAUGGCUCGCUAUUUCUUGUACAAUUAUCCGAAAAUAUGGCAGUGCCGGGCAUUAAGGAUAGGCUUCUUAUGCAACAAACUUACGAAAGGGAAACAAGACGUGAACACAUAUUAGACAACCGUGUGAAAGAAAUCCGUUUGAAAUUGCGGAAUGAAGAGCUACAGGCUUUAGAAGACACAACUGAAUCUAUAUUGGAUGACGAGGAACGGUACCACAUAGCGGAAGAAGAAUAUUUCAGAAUUGUGCAAGAGGAAAUAAAAAAAUUGGAUUCUUUCCCCGACCAACUUCCCGCUGUAUAA